GUCGUCCUACAUUACCGCUACGAUCUAGUAAAGGCGCAGAGAGAACUUGUGACUGCGCUACACGACGCGGAGGGCAUUUAACACAGGCUGGAGGAUGAAUGCCGGACUUUGUGUAGCUGCUGAGCGCUUUAUUCGGUGCUGUGUGAAUUGAAGCAGAAGGUAUAAGUUUGUCACAGCUGCUUGGUGAAGACAAGAACAAAAACUUUACUGUUUUAAGUCGAUGUUUAAUAUAUAAAAAAAAAAAGUUUCUGUUAGGGUGUGAUUUCCUUCACUUCUCCUCGUCAGGCUUUGUUUUUAAUUUUUUUUGCUAAAGUCGAGAGGAUGAAGACAGAUGAUGUGAGAAAGAAAACUGCUACUACACACAUGCUGGUUUGCGACUGCAGCUCGUUACACUGAAGAUGGACACAGGAGAGGAGAGGUGGCCGAGCCCAGGUGGCUGAGCUGGCACUGAGCUCAGGAAGAAUGCAUUUGUCUCCGGUUGGCACAAACAGACGUUGCUUCCUGGCCUCUUCGGCCCUCUGUGCCAUCGUGCUGCUGCUGAUCCCAACCCUCCAAACGCCACAGCGGCAGGGCGAGCUGCCCCGACCUCUGCCCCAAACCAGGCCUGCCAGAGGACAAAACACCACUGGCUACAAAGGUGCUAGUAAGGCUAAGCAUGGCAGAGUCAUUGGGCUACCCUUUCCUAGUGACAAAUCCCAAAGGGACUCUGUAGGUGCUGACUUCCUCAGCUCACACUCCAAGGAGCCUCUGGGACUGAAAGACAUUUUUAUUGCAGUCAAAACCACCAGGAAGUACCACAAAUCACGCCUGGAGCUUCUUUUUCAGACCUGGGUGUCAGAAGCCAAGGUGCAGACGUUUAUCUUCACGGAUGGUGAGGAUAAGGAGCUGAAGCAGAAAGCAGGAGGCAAUGUCAUCAACACCAACUGCUCAGCUGCUCACACACGACAGGCGCUGUGCUGCAAGAUGUCUGUGGAGUACGACAAGUUCAUCGAGUCACAGAAAAAAUGGUUCUGUCACGUGGAUGACGAUAAUUAUGUCAUCCUGCCGAGUUUGCUGCAGCUGCUCUCAUCCUAUUCCCACACGCAGGAUGUGUACCUGGGCCGGCCCAGUCUCGAUCACCCUAUAGAGGCUCCUGAGAGGGUCAGGAGUGAUGGAUCGACGUCUGUCAAGUUCUGGUUUGCUACUGGAGGUGCUGGCUUCUGUAUCAGUCGAGGCCUGGCACUCAAGAUGAGUCCAUGGGCAAGUCUGGGGAACUUCAUCACUACAGCAGAGAAGAUCCGUCUCCCGGAUGACUGUACGAUCGGUUACAUCAUCGAGGCGCUGCUGGAGGUUCCUCUGAUACACACCAACCUCUUCCACUCACAUCUGGAGAACCUGCAGAGGAUGCGUGCGGCGGACGUCUUCAAACAGGUCACGCUCAGCUAUGGUGGUUUUGAGAACAGGAGGAAUGUGAUACCUAUUGCCGGAGCAUUCUCCUUGACAGAGGACCCUUCACGGUUUAAGACUGUUCACUGCUUGCUUUAUCCUGAGACUGAAUGGUGUCUCCGCGACAGUCAUCGCUGACCUCAACGCGCUCUUCUGGGGAUAAAGCAAAUAUCUCGUAUCUUGUCUGAACUCUCAAUCUCAAAUGGCUAUAAUCGUGCACUAAUAUAACUGACUAGCAGGCUGAUUACCAUGUCAAUUUAGCACUGCUGCAUUCUGUACAGACGUCAAUGAAGUUUGUUGAAUUUUUUUUUUUUAAAUAGAUUAACAGGAUAAUUUAUUUUGAUGUCCCAAAGUCUGGUCUGAAGACUAUGAGAAAUAGCAAAAGAUUAUAUUAUAUUUCCCCCAAGCCUAUCUUCGAUCAUUUUUUGUUUUGUUGAUCUUGUUACAUUUUUUUUUUUUUUUUUUUUUUUUUUUUUUUAAAUAAAGGCCCUCAAGUACAUUUCAGCUCAAGGCUUUAAAAACGCUGAACUGAGCUGUUCUAGUAGGCAUGUCAUGCAGGAGUAAAUAUCAGUUUAAUCUGUUUGGGGAGUCAGGUUUCACCUCCAGAUAGACUCCUAAACAAAAAUAGGAGAAGUCAUGAGGACAUACAUUUGAAUAAGGUUUCAGUCCGUUACAGUUGCAGUUUAGGCAUGAAUUCAGUCUAGGAGCUCCUGGAAUCCUGGAAUUUAAAGCGAAGGAUAUCUAACGUAGAUUUUAAUGUGAUGAGAACGCAUGAAUGAAUGGAGGCCUUAAGUCAGUGUAUGGAUUCAUACGCAUCAGCUGACUAAUGAAAAAACUAAUUAAAGUAAAAAAAGAAAAAAAGUUUUUAGAAAUAUUCUCAGCUCUACUGUGCAUUAUAAUUGUGCUCCACUAAAAGAUGCCUUAACACAUUUCAAAAAGCUGCCAAAAUAUUUGUGAUUUUUUUUUUUUUUUAAAUCCUAUGAUGUCUCUGCUCAUUUAUGCACAAACAUGGCUUUUCACUGCAGGUCAGUGAUUCAUGUUAACUUGCCAAAAAACAGACUGAGGUAUUACUUUCCUAGUUAGUGAUGAUGAAAAUGUUAUUGACGAGUGAACAGAAGAGGAUUAAGCAAUGCCAAGCUGCUGCCAAAUACCAUUGCUAUUUGACUCUUAUCCUGUCCUUCUUUUCUCCUGCAAAUAAACCAUGUUGUUGAUUUUU